CAUCCGCAAGGUUUUGUGGUGGGCGUGCGUUUCUCGUUCGCUCUGAAUCAGUCAUGAGGCCGGCGUUUCGAGCUCUCUGAGAUUCGCAUCUCGAACUCUCAUUUUCCUUUUGCUUUCUUGGGAAACACGUACGAAAGUUGGAGCCCUUUUUGUUCCUCUGUCUUUCGCUCUGGUUUUACAGAAAUGGGCAGCGGACCUAAGACUCUGAGGAGCUUUCAUAUCCAUGGGAAGAAGCACGAGUUCAGAGACGUCCCAAAAGGUUGCUUGGCGAUCAGGGUGGGUCAAGGAGAAGACGAUUUGCAGAGAUUCGUGGUGCCUGUGAUUUACUUCAAUCACCCUCUCUUCUUGCAGCUGUUGAAGGAGGCAGAAGAAGAGUUCGGGUUCGAUCAAAAGGGCGCCAUAACGAUUCCUUGCCACGUGGAGGAGUUCAGGUCCGUUCAAGACCUGAUCGACAGGGAAUGGUCUCUUCACCACCACCACCACCACACUCACGGUGGCUGCUUCGGAUUUUGACAGACUCUCGUCGAAGCCGCCGGUAACGGAAAAAGCAGAAAGAAAUUGAAGAUCUUUCCCUAGGAAUCAGUGAUCUUUUUCCGGCUGUAUAGCAAUCCUAGUGUUUAGGUUCUUUUUGGUUUCUGACUAUCAGUUAGCUGAUCAGACCCAGAAGUUGGUGACCGAGAAACGAAAUCUUUCGGGUUAGAUCUUGAAGGUAGGACUGUAAAUUCAUGGUGGUUGGUUAGGUUCUUUUUGCUUUUGGUGAUGAUAGUGACGAGAGAAUGUUGCAUCAAUUUUCAACUGUAAGUACUCUGGUGUUUUGCUGGGUAGCCCGUGAUAUAUGGGAAUAAGAAAGUACUACUGUUUUGCUGCUUUUCCUGAUUGAAGGAAUUUUUUUUUUCUUUUA